UAGGGCACUUCAGAUUUAGCCAAGGCUAUCGAUUUAGCCAAUACAUUAGUUUGGGAGGGCCGCGCGGGAGCAGUGUCGGGUGGUGACGUUGAGGCACGCUAGGAAUGUCGGUAAACACUUUUUAUGAAUUCAACUCAGUGUCACACACUGAGGAUAUUAUAGUAUCAGUUUCAAUGUCGGAACGACCGUCACGACGUUAGUCCCGUUUGCGGCGUGGACGGCCCGCCCGCGGAGGGGGCGGGCCCGGACGAUGGCGACGCGCGUGCUCCACUGGCGCCGGCCGUACCUGGCGCUGCUGGCGGCCGCCGGGCUCCUGCUCCUGCUGGACCUGUUCGGCGUAAUCCAACACAUGCGGGAGCUCGACUACGAGACGCGCUUCACCUACCCGCUCGACAGCGACGUCGGCUACUACGUGGAGCUGCUGCUGGGCGGCCAGCAGUCGCCGGUGACGCCGCUGAACACGCACCAGUUCCGCUACCUGUCGGAGGCACGGCACCGCUGCGCCGGCGAAGACCCGCUGCGUCUGCUGCUGGUGGUCAAGUCGGCCGUGGACCACUUCGAUCAGCGCCGCGUCAUCCGACGCAGCUGGGCGUCGCAGCGGCCCGACGUGCGCCACGUGUUCCUGCUGGGCACGCGCGCCGGCCAGCCGCGCCUGCAGACGGCCGUCGCACGCGAGGCCGAUGAGUUCGGCGACGUGGUGCAGGCGCACUUCGAGGACUCGUACUUCAACAACACACUGAAGACGAUGAGCGGCAUGCGCUGGGCGGUGGAGCAGUGCGGCGGCGCAGAGCAUGUGCUCUUCGCGGACGACGACAUGUACGUGUCGGUGGUGAACGUGCUGCGGCUGGUGGCGGCGCCGCGCACGUACCCGGCCACUGGCGGCGAGCCGUCGCGGCCUGAUGUGCCGCUGAUGGCUGGCUACGUGUUCCACUCGUCGCCCCUGCGGCAGCGCUUCAGCAAGUGGUACAUCUCGGUGGAGGAGUACCCGUUCAACCAGUGGCCGCCGUACUGCACGGCCGGCGCGUACUUGUUGUCGCGCUCCGCCCUGCGCCGCAUCCUGUACACCAGCUACUACACCAAAAUGUUCAGGUUCGACGACAUCUACAUCGGCCUGGUGGCCAAAAAGGCCGGCAUGGAACCGGUGCAUACGGAGCACAUCCACUUCUGGGAGCGGCCGUACGACGCGCAUGGCUACCGGGACGUGGUCGCCUCCCACGGCUUCCACGACCCGGACCGGCUGCUGGCCGUCUGGCAGGAGCAGCACCGGCUGGGUCGGGCCUGAGAAAAGCCCGCCCGCCGACGCGCCGCUUCCGUCGC